AACUCGUGCAAAAUGGCUAUGGCUCCCAAGAAGAAAUUCGACUUCUUCAACGGCGGUAGAGGUAUUGUCCUCUCUGAGAGCUUCAACACAGAGGCGCCUGAAGUACGGAUACCAGCGCCCGAAGUUGUCCAGCAGUCUUAUGAUUACGGACCAGACUGUGGCCAGUAUCCCAGCUCUCCCGUUGGGUAUAUGCCCCCAAGCAGCCCCGGUCUCCAGCAGUACCCUACCGACUACCCCCAUCCCAACAGCACUCAUAGCCCACCGGGCUACGUCGGACAGGAGGGAUACCCAAACGGCUACAAUCCACACAGUCCGACAGACUUGGGGACUACCGGUAGCGGUGAUGGAGCUGCCUUGUCCCCCUUCCCUGUCGACGACGACGAAGCCAAGAAGAAAGGCAAGCGAAAACAACGGUGUCGCAUGUGUGCCAACCACGGUAUCUACGUGGAGGUCAAGGGCCACAAGUGGUUCUGCCCAUACCGGGAGAACCAUAACUGCGAGAAGUGCGAAAUCACGCGGAAACGGCAGUAUUAUAUGGCGGAGCAACAGAAACUGACGCGGGAGCAGCAACAGGUGUACCAGCGAGGCGGGGGAGCGGACCUGGGCGUCGGGGAGGGAGGCGGGGAGCCCAUGGAGACGACGCAGUAUACCAGACCGCCCAGAACACCCAAAGAGUUCCCACGCCUGGAUGAACUGGUGCGGGAGACGUCCAACAUCAUCAACGAGGACUUGUUUGAGAUGAUCAACCAGGUGGUGAGGCCCAAGACCCACCACUGACGCCCUCCUGAACUAGUGGACAAUCGUGUCGCCUAAGGUGCAGUGCCAACCAUGCAAAACAAUCGCGGUUUUUUUAAACAAAGACGAAAUGUCAAGUUAUUUUUUAUGCAUAGCAGUACGCACGGUAUUUAUUCUGAGAUACAGGUGAACUUAAUUAAAUAUAAGUGUAUAAAUAUGUGAACAGAACUAACCACAAGUGAAUAAUGGAAAAAUGUGUUAAAUUUAUAACUCCUCAUUUCAAAGUUGCCACAGACAAGCCAUUUGUGUUAUCCAAUUGAGACAUAAUACAACAAUUCCAAAUGGGUAACAUGCCCUGUGUGUGUGUGUGUGUGUGUGUGUGUGUGUGUGUGUGUGUGUGUGUGUGUAACCAUGAUGUUGAGUAAUGAAAUUCUGAUCUUGCUGAAGACUGGUGAAGGUCAGUGACACGCUACCAUGAAGCCUCGUGACACGCUUUAUCAGGCCUGAAGGUUUCGAUGCCCCAAAAUUAUUGUUUUUUAGCAUAAAUUGUUACUCUACAUAUUUUUUCAUUUUAAUGGGCUCUUUAUUAAAAAAAACAUUAUUAAUAUUGACCAGAAUUUUAUUUUUGACAAAUAAUUCGAUUCCUGCAUUUAUUUCUUAUUAAGAAGCUCUGCUCACAAAUUGUCAAAUUAUGUAUUCUAGUUUAAAUAACUUUAUAGGCAAGUUAGUGAUGGCGUUCUGGCAACGAGCCUCGCGUCCUGGCAACGCUCUCCAUGUCCUGUAUAUGUAAUAUCUUCGUCUCCAGCUGCAGAGAAGUGAUUCCUCUCUUAAAUGACGAAAUUUUGCAUCAUGAAAUUGUAUGCAAUUAGGACUAACCCUCGCGGAUAUUUCCUUUACCUGUUGUGCGGACAGUGAACGAGUACAGUGAACUAAUGUCAGAGAACGUGAACAUGAUGACGAGUCUCAGUGAGCAUCUGUUAUUCGUACAGUGGACUCUCAAGAACGUAUUACAUCAGAGAAGAUAAUGUAGCAGUACAACGGGUUCGGGCCUGCUCCAUCCCUGGACUCGUCAGGCAGAGUGCGUGUGUCCACCACCCACAACGUAGUCUCCAUCUUGUUCUAUAACGACUAUCACAUAGAAAUAUAACUGUGUGUGUGUUGCGCUACACAAUCGCCUUGCUGGGCUUGAACCACACCCUCGCACGCUGGCGGAAUCACUUGCAAAAAAAAACACAUGCACGAAAAAAUUGCACAGACUUCAAUAAGAACUGAAUAAGGUCUUCGAUAAUAACAUCACAACUCUCAUGGUUUUGCAGAUGUUGGAAGCUCUUAAAAUUGGUGAGAGAUGUCGCGUCUUCCCGACAAGGAAUUAUUAUAUUAAAUGCCAAGGUUGGUAAUGCUUUGCCAGCUGGGAAAAUUACAGGAUGGAGGUAAUGUUUAUCCGCGUCGAGCCUGGUGGCUGGGAACAUUAUAUAGAUUGUGAUACAGCAAACCUGCGGUGAGCGGGGGUGGUGAGGGGGGGGGGGAAUACUGAGAGCGGGGAGGGGGGUUGGACAAGGGAGGGGGUAUAAGACUGUGGGUGGGGGUCUGAGGGUGGUGUUUAGUGCAUAAUGGAUGACUGGGGGAAGGGAUGUGGAUUGGCAGGGCUUACACCACCGCUCACAAGUGUCGCUACGCAGCCACACUGACUUAGUUCUUUUUAUCUUGCUGACAGUAACUGGCUUGAGGGAACCCUGAGGGACAGUUGCAUCCUAGCGACGUCUGGCAAGGAUGCUCUCAUCGAGGGAGAAUGUUUACAUGCGGUACGAUAAGUAUUUAAGUGGCUUCCAAUAACCGUUUUAUUUACAAAAAAACUAAAUUACAAAUAAUUUUGGUCAGCAAAUAAACCAGUUGGUUUUUACUUUGAACGUUCUAAUCACAAUACAAUGGGCUAGAUCUUAGAGUUCACAAAUCUUAUUCCGAGAAUGAGGAGUUCGAGUUUGCUAAUUGCUUCAGUUUUAGGAAGAUUAAUAUUUUGUCGUCAGAUCUUUGAUGAAAAGGUUGUUUGAUGUACUACUAAUUUUAGAUGAUAUAUACUUAUUUCUAAUAGAUUUAAAGACUCUGUUCAAAUAUAAAAACAUACAGAUAUUGGGUUAACUCUGAUGGCAAGCAUAUAGGUACCAACUUUUGAAUCUCUCAUAUUAAAUAAAGAGUGAGAGUUUACGGUACAAGGAUAAAUGCUUACCCAGUUGACUUGUUUCCAAAGCUGUUGUGUGUGUUGCAGCGGAUUUAUCUCGCUAGUGUAUUUUGACAUAUACACCUAGAUAAGGUAUCCUACGAUUCGGUGUAUAUAUAUCCUGAGAAUAUACUUUAGUCCUGGACAGUGUUCAGGACUAAAGUAUACUGGCUGGUUGGUGGGUAAGCUAUUGUGGUGGCCUUAACCUUUAAACAGCGCAGCUGAAUAAAAGCCGUAAAUCGCGGGUGUAUGGUUAACAAUGCUUCACGAAUCAAAUGGAAAAACAAAAUAGCAAAUGGUGAAUGGACCCGAGUGAGGUGUUACGUCCUGUCCUCCUAAAAUGAUAGUACUUGUAACAACUAUUUGGUCAAAUUUACCAAUAUGCACUGUAGGCCCAAAAGCUCACAUUUUGUCUUAUUAAAUAAACCCAAAUGUAAUUUUAGAUAACCUGAAAUGUAAAUUAAGAACCUAGCCUAACCUCUACAAACAGUCCUGGGCCUAAUACACUUACUUAAUUUAGUAUACAUAUGUACUAUACUAGGAAUGUUUAAGUUUGGUUUUAGCUUUUUCUCAAGUUCUAAAAUGAAUAGUACAGAACGUUUAACUUUGUUUAGGUUCAACAAUAUUUUUAAGUUCAACCAAAUAGUUGCUACAUGUACUAUCAUUUUAGGAGGAUGGGUUGAAGGAUUAUGAACCCCCUCCGGAGGAGUGAUUGAGCUCAACAUCAUCAACAGGGGGCGCUUCUUGGCCUGUCUUUGAGCCGAUUAUAACCUCUCAACUGUGUAGGAUGAGCGAGGUUCAAGAGCAUGACUAGCAGGACCAUUCAAUAAAUAUUAAAAGCAUUAGGACUGGCGGUAUAGCCACAUUAAUUAAAUAUAGAAUUUAAAUUUACAAAUGUUCGUAAAUACUGAAGAAAUCUUCUUGCGAAGGUUUAUACAAUCUUGUUAUGUGAUUAUCUAAUACUUGUCAAGCUUUUCUUCAGUAUUAGGUUCAGGCAAAUAGUUUAUAAGUGCUUCAAAAAUUUUGAAAAUAUAGCAUAAGAUUGCUACAUUGACAGUAAAGGCACCGUAAUAGGAUGCUACACACACACACACACACACAUGUUCGUGCCCUGUGGUAUGAGCCACGUGAGAGGUAUGAGUUACGAGGAAAGGCUGCGGGAGCUAAACCUCACGUCCCUGGAAGACAGAAGAGUAAGGGGAGACAUGAUCACCACCUACAAAAUUCUCAGAGGAAUUGACAGGGGUGGACAAAGACAAUGCAGUCUAUUUAACAUGGGUGGAACACGAACAAGGGGGACACAGGUGGAAACCGAGUACCCAAAUGGGCCACAGACAUAUUACAAAGGGUUUUAUUAAACUAAAUAUAAUUCCGAAUGAAAUAGAAUAAUGUGGGGAGGGGGAAUACCUUGAUGGAGAACCAUUCUAAAGCGGAGCCCAAUUUGGCCGGAAUAUCCGUCAUACAUACCGUUAACCAAGUAUUACCUCAAUAGACGCCUGAUCGGUUUAUUGUUUCAAGUUUAGGUUAGACAUAUAUACUAAUACGUUUGGGUGGAUAUAAUUAGGAAUCAUCUCUUAUGAGUUUUCUGCUGUUUUCUGAAUUUUAAUAUUCUUGUGUUAUCUCACUGCCGCACAAAACUACGAAAUUGACAAAAACAAAUCUAUUGGUAACACAUUUAAAAUAUAAAAGAAUAAAGUGGUAAUUGUCAAGUAUAACGAAAACAAGCAUCAACAUUUACACAAAAAAGAAAAAAAUGUUGUAAUAAAAAUCUCCAUCCAGAAAUAAAACGGAUGAAACGAAGUUAUUCAAUCCAUUUAACUAAUUUUAUGUAAAUUUUAGAAGAAACUCAUUUGGAUGGGACGGGGGUUCGAACCAGGUACCUGAUUAAUCCCAGACGCGCCUUGUGUAUGUACGUUUUAAAUUAAAUUAACAUAAUUAAAAAAUUAUGUCUGCAUGCUGAAACUAUGUAAUUUAAGAUUACUUAAUUUUAUAUACAAACCUAAUAUAUUCUACGCAGCUCUAUUAGUACAUUUUGCUAAAAUUUUUAACAUCAGAAUGGAGGUUAUGAUGCAAAUAUUACAAUUCAUUAUUAUUUAUAUAUAUAGGUUUGAGUUUUUGUUAACUAGGUUUCUGGUUAAAAUGGUUAUUCUCUUUCAAUUUUCACAGGAUUCACAUAUUAUAUCCUGAACAUUAUCCAGAACUAAAGUAAAUUAAAGUGCAUAUGCAACGAUAAAUGGGUUACACCGCUUGGUGAAGAAUUAGAUCGCCUUAAUUACCUGGAAUCGCUCUGAUCCCAGUAGUAUUUUUUCAAGACAACGACGGAAGGAAGGGACGCAGGGACGUCGUGUGUAUGGGUUUCCUUACAGAUAGUGUGGUAUUAGUGUAGAGUCCCUAGAUGGUAUGAAGGGGAUUUUCUUCUUAGGCCCUGUGAGACCCUAAUGUGUUGGAGUACCCGUACCAGGUGGUGGUGAAGUGCUUGUGUAUAGGCGGGGUCUCAUUCCCAGAUGUUAUUGCGUUCUUGCCAAGGAUAUUCCAUUGAAAGUAGUGUGAGGGUCUUGGGAAGGUUUCUCACCUGGCAGGUGACCUAAUGAGACUGUGUGAGGUGUGUGGUUUUGGGUUGAGGUUAUGGGGUAAGGAAGAGUUGCACUCCACAACCUGUGGUAUCCUCUAGUAGCUACAUCAGGAAAGCUGUAAACCUGUAUCGCUGAGGUAGGAAGUGCCUUUCCAUGAGAAACUUUGCUGGCUUGGAACUUAUGGGUUUAAUGCCGUCGACUUUAGGAAGAAAUUGUUUUUUUCAAAGAACACCUUAAUAAUUAUUGCAUAUAGUCACAAACAAAAACAAUAUACGUAAAAGCUCUAACAUCCAAAGAUGUCCUAAUGCAUAUUGUUAUUUAAAAAAAAUGUUUUUUGAAACAUUUUGAUUGAUAUUUUAACUUUUUGUCUUAAAUGUCAAUUUAUGAUUCAUGCAAUGAUGCAAGUAGUCUUUGUAAUGAUUGUUGGUGUCAUGUGACGUAUUCAAAAUUGAAAGACAGCUCGAGUGUGUAUGACGGGAGCUUUAGCAUUCAAGUUAUUUAUGAACUAAACUCCAGAAAUUAAUAUGAAUUCGGUAUUGAAAUACCUGCAGAUAACAUUAAUGACUCCGUUCUGAUCAUUCUUACGAGUCUCAAGGAAGAUCCACAGCCUCAUCCCUGGACGCGCUGCGACAACACCAACCUCACUAGAAUAUUGUGAUCCGAUUCACGCUCUCAAACAAGUAACUCGGAUGUCAGCGUAUCACUGAAUAGUUAAUAUUUAUUGUAUAUAUAAUUCAUUAUAUCUGGGGACAGGCAGCGAGAGUGUGUUUAUAGGCGUUAGGCUUAUAUUGAGGCUCCUCCCAUCCCUUCUCCCUUGGAUGCAACCCCACAUCAGCUGACUAACUCCUGGUUUACCUACUUGCUGCUAGGUGAACAGAUGCAUUUGGUGAUAGGAAAUGCGCCCAACCACUUCUGUCUUGCCCGGGAUUCGAUCCCGGAGUUCUCGAUUGUGAUCAGUCGAGAACGAACCAGAUUGUACCACCCUGACACUUGCAAUUCAUCUGAACCACAACAGUUUCACAGAACAAAAAUCUUAUCUCAUUGCUGCCGUUUUCUGGAUAAUACUCGACCCUGAGCUACUAAUGCUGACUUAAUUCUGUAUCAGUUUUGUUAGCAUUAUCGUGUUGCCUCUCAGCCUAGUAUGGGUGCUUCAGUAGAUGCCAGUGCAACUUCUUAUAUAGUGAUAUUUAAUUAUUUCAGUGUUUCCAGCGGUAAACGAACUUUCUAUAUGCAUCAGUGUAAAUCAAGAGUAGCAUUAUUUGUUUCUAUAAUCCUCCUGAGGGAUUUUCUUGUCCUAGUCAUGUUGCCUUAAAGCGAUGGCUGUUAAAGACGUGUGAGAGAGGCGAGCUCUGUGAUACCUUGGUACAGCUCUGUGAUACCUUGGUGCAGCUCUGUGAUACCUUGGUGCAGCUCUGUGAUACCUUGGUGCAGCUCUGUGAUACCUUGGUGCAGCUCUGUGAUACCUUGGUGCAGCUCUGUGAUACCUUGGUGCAGCUCUGUGAUACCUUGGUGCAGCUCUGUGAUACCUUGGUGCAGCUCUGUGAUACCUUGGUGCAGCUCUGUGGUACCUUGGUGCAGCUCUGUCAUACCUUGGUGCAGCUCUGUGAUACCUUGGUGCAGCUCUGUCAUACCUUGGUGCAGCUCUGUGAUACCUUGGUGCAGCUCUGUCAUACCUUGGUGCAGCUCUGUGAUACCUCGGUGCAGCUCUGUGACACCUUGGUGCAGCUCUGUGAUACCUCGGUGCAGCUCUGUGAUACCUUGGUGCAGCUCUGUGAUAGCUUGGUGCAGCUCUGUGAUAGCUUGGUGCAACCAACAUAGGAACUAAUCUUUAUGUAUGUCAAAAAAUAUAAUCAGAAUUUACUUAAAAUUUAAUACAUGCAAUGGUGUGGCUAGACGGCUUAUGAGUUAUGGAAUUAAAUUAUUCCAAAGUGGUUCACUAGGCUGCGUGUUAAUUAGGCUGUGCUCUCUCUUCUGAAGGAGAUCUAGGCUCUCUGGCAACUUUUGUGUGUGCGCAUGACUGAGGGUUCGAAUGUUUGGCUUGUGUGUGUAUAUUUGUGUUAUAAAUGGAGACUUAACAUUUACGUGCUAUACCAUGCAUAGGAUUAUCCAAUUCAAUGUAGAGUAUUUAUCACUUUUUGCAGCAAAAGAAUUGUAGCCAAAUUUUGUCAGAUACUAAGAGAUAAAUUAACACUGGUAUCUCAAAUGUAAUACGAUCCCAAUAUAUGAACCAUUUGUCCAUGUGUCUAAAAUCAGAUGAGUGUUUGUUAAGCAAUGUUUCUCAGCAAGAUAUCAAGUGUCCUAAAAUGAGAAACAAGUCCACUUUCUGUGUCCAAAGGAUAUUUUUAUGCUCCCUUUCAACAACCUCCUUUCAGAGUUUGAAUUCUUCCGUACGCACUCAGCGAUGCUCGACUCUGCCCGAGACGCUGUGCGUAUUAGUGGCUAUACAAGAAUGUCAUAACAUCAGUGUUACGUACUCUCUCAACUCAAUGUAUCCUCUUGUUUAUAAAUAAAUAAUCAAUAGGUUUGUUCACAUUUUAAUCACUCGACAUGCAUUCUUAUAUAAGUGCUCUGACAAAAGUAGAAAUAAGCUGUCCAUACAGAGUGACAACAGAUGUUAAACGGAAACUACGACUACAAAGACUUUUUUCAGACUUGAACUGUUUGUUAUGACACUACAAAACAGUAAAUGUAAAUUAUGAGAGAUGCUGCGACGCCCCGAUCAAUGAUCUUGGAGGAUGGCCAUUCCAAAGCACAGUGUGCUAGCUGCAACUGCUGAAACUCCAAUAUUCUUUCAUUGUUAACAAGAAAUUGACCUCCAAAAACUACAUCGUUUUCGUAGUCACCGAAGAGAAAACUCAGUUCCCCAUUUAUAUUAUUCCUUUGGUGAUUACCACGUGAUAUGCUUUCAAGUUGAUUGUAAACCCAAGUCAUUUAUUGCGCUUGUAUUCAAACAUAUUUUUCAAGUGUUCAGAAGGAGAUCCUUCAGGUAUCCAGCAGGAGAUCUUCACGUAUCCAACAGGAGAUCCUACACGUAUCCAACAGGAAAUCCUUCAGGUAUCCAACAGGAGAUCCUUCACGUAUCCAACAGGAGAUCCUUCACGUAUUAAGCAGGAGACCCUUCAGGUAUCCAACAGGAAAUCCUUCACGUAUCCAGAAACAGCUCUUUUACGUCCGCAGCAGGAUAUUUCUUUACGUCCGCAGUAGAAGAUGGCUUUACGUCCACAGCAAGAAGAUAUAUCCUCGCUCGCAGCAGAUCCUAGCUGACUAGUGCAGCAAGCAGCUUCUCUUAAACACUCUGUUAUAAGUCGAUUGUCGCCGACACAGGUGCCGAGUUCCUGAACAGGUGAACCUAAAUUCUAUGCAUGAACAUUGCGUUUCAGUUACCGCAGCGGACUUACGUGUGAUAUAUGCCAGCUUUGACGAAAAUAUAAUGUCCCAUUUUAGGAGUUGUUUAGUAUUCAUUAGCAGUUAAUUUAUGCUGUCUGAGAAUGACAGGUCGUGGGAGCUCAAUAAAGUUAUAUAAAUCUUAUGUCCAAUAAAGCUAAAUGUUCUGUAAAA